AUUAUCAAGAUUUAAUCACUGCUUAUCACUACUGCAUAUUAAAAAUGUCAACAUAUUGUUCAUUUAAUAUAAUGUAAUAAUCCCAAACAUGGUUUCCUAGUGAGUGAAAUUCUAGAAACACUUGAGAUAAAGCAGUUCCUUUUAAACGCAUGUAGAAGGCGAACAGUUUAUUGCUUUAACUAUUCCAGUAUCUAGUUUUAGCUUUUUAAUCCAGAUCCAAGGUAUCAAGCAUAUGUCUGAUUUAGAAUCCGGGGAUUUAUUAGAGACUGGAGGCACGUGCGGAGCUCAGCUCCCCUUCUUUGAGACGACCACUUUGCAUUAUCAGAUCAGACACAAAGAAGAAGAGGAAGAGGAGGAGCGGACGGCAGAGGAGGCACAAAGGUCAGCGUCUUGCUCGGAGAGGUUAGGCAGAUUACAGACGCAGGUGUGGGACAGACAGAGAUCAGGCAUUUGGCCAUCAUUUCAACUGUAUUAGUAAAUUAAUGAUAGUAUAUCACUGUGAAGCUGCUCUUCACGAGGGUAACAUGACAAAGCAGGUGAGCGGUUCGCCUUUCCUGAAGCCCUUCUUCCUGAAGACGCCCGUCAGAGUGGUCACCCCUCGGCAGCAGAGACGGCACACGCUCCCCGCCAGCGAGUUCAGAAAUCUCACCCCACAGGAUGCAAUCAGYGUGUUCGAAAUAGAAAGAGAAGCAUUCGUGUCCGUCUCUGGCGAGUGCCCACUCACGCUGAAUGAGGUGCUUAAUUUUCUGGGUCAGUGCCCCGAGCUGUCUCUGGGUUGGUUUGAGGAGGGGCAGUUGGUAGCCUUCAUCAUUGGCUCCGGCUGGCACAAGGAAAGGCUUUCACAGGAGGCCAUGACCCAGCACGUUCCAGACACGCCUACCGUGCACAUCCACGUGCUGUCGGUGCACCGCCACUGUCGACAGCAAGGCAAGGGAUCCAUCCUGCUGUGGCGCUACCUGCAGUACCUGCGGUGCAUGCCGGGCCUCCGCAGAGCGCUGCUCAUCUGCGAGGACUUCCUGGUGCCCUUCUACCUAAAGGCCGGCUUCAAGCAGAAAGGGCCCUCGGAAAUCUCCGUGUCCAACAUGCAGUUCCAGGAGAUGGAGUACAUGCUGAACGGGCAGGUGUACGCACGACGGAACAGCGGCUGCUAGUCGGCUGCGUUCGCUGGACUCAGUGUAACAAACCCCGUGCACUAUUGGACUGGACUCCACCUAACCCAACGAGAAAAGGGAGUGAGGUUUGCGUGGACAGAGUGGACAGACAGCAAAUUGUUGCUUUUUACCGACAGACAUAACAUCAUAUUCUUUGUCAUCAGUAGCACAUCAGCUUUUAUCUCAAUCACACUGUAGCUUGUGGCGAGUGAGGAGGCCUUUGUUAGCAACACGCCUAAAAAAAAAAACUGAUUAAAUUACAACACAAUCUUUAGGAACGUUGUGUUUCAUUGUUUGAUUUUAAUAAACUACACAACAUCCA